AUGUGUUAUCGGAAAAGGGGCAACUCAAAUCAACAAACAAUGACAACAAAAGUCAUCAUCCAAGACAUGUCAUCAAUAUUGCGUCGCUCAUUCACUGCCAUUUCAUCGUUGUCCAGACAGUUUUCGUCAUCAUUCUCCACACGUACCAUGUCGUCGUUUGGCCGUCUCAUUCGCUUCCGCGAUGCUGCAGGCAACUCUCGCUUUGGCGAGCCCAAGAUCUCAUCGCUGUCCGAGUUCGAUGAGGCUGUAGCAAAGGGCACUCUGGAGGCCACCGUUUUCGAGGGCAGCAGCCCCUUCAACGUCACACCAACAUCUGAGGCGGUCAAGGUGCAGGAAGUUCUUCCCCUGUUGACUGUUGAGGAUGUGCCAAUUGUGAAGUGCGUCGGACUCAACUACAUCAAGCACAUUCAGGAAGGUGGCCGCAAGCCUCCUCCAUACCCUUCCAUUUUCAUCAAGCCACGCGCUUCCAUCGCAGGCUACAAGGAGGAUAUCCCCAUCCCAAAACUUGCCCAAGAUGACCAGCUCGACUACGAGGGUGAGCUGACCAUCGUCAUCGGCAAGACUGGCAAGAACAUCCCCAAAGAGAAGGCUCUUGAGCACAUUGCUGGUUUCGUCGUUGCCAACGAUGUUUCUGCUAGAAAAUGGCAGCGUGACCCCGCCUUCGCUGGCGGUGUCCCACAGUGGUGCUUCAGCAAGGGCUUCGACAAGUUCGCCCCCGUCGGCCCUCUGCUUGUCUCCCCCAAGAUUGUUGGCAACGCCGGCAACCUCCAGCUUCAGACCAUUGUCAACGGCGAGGUACGACAAGACACCAACACCAACGAUCUCCUUUUCAGCACUGAGGAGAUUGUUGCUUUCAUCAGCCAGGGUACCACUCUCGAGGCUGGCACCAUCAUCUUGACGGGCACACCUGCGGGUGUUGCCAUGGGUAUGAAGGAGCCAAAGUGGCUUAAGAAUGGCGAUGUUAUUGAGGUCAAGAUUGAGGAGUUGGGCAGUGUCAAAAACAAGAUGGUCUUUGAGUAG